CGUUUGUUGCGAUAUCGUCCAGACGCUCGUUACGCGCUCGUCGGACUUUGAAUUUGGGGAUCACGAAGCUACCCCCCGCCCCUACUCCCAGACUAGUUCUCUCUGAGAUUCUCUGACCAUCAUCACGAGCUACCAAAGUGUUGAGCGUUAACGUUCAAACGUUGAAGGUUGAAGCCACUGAGAUGCUGAUAACUUCACUCCCGAGUCCCUAGGCUACGGGCGUUAUCCUCGAGAUAUUUCGACACCGCCCGCACGAACAAUACUUUUCAACCUUCUGAAACGCCAUGGACAUUGGGUUUUGCAGAAAUGGCGUCAAAUUUCUCAAAACUUCCCCGCUAUAUAUCGAAGCAUAUCAAUUGACGAUGCUUCUACGAAUGACUAUCUUGCCUAUGCUAUCAAACAGCUCUCAAGACAACAUUUCGUUUAUUUUGGUCCGAGGAACGUAUCCAUGUUUUGACUGUUCCUUAGGAUUCUCCUCGUCAAGAAGGAAGUAUUUGUGAACAAUCCCAGGAUCUUUGCUCGCUCGGAACGUUGUACUACUAGCUACUCUUAUCGCGUUGUCAGCCUCCCUACUCUGGGACCGAUACCAUGCCCGUUACUUUCGUGGGUUCGCAUGUAUGUAACAUCCGAUAAAUGUUUUAGACAGAGUCCUUGCCUUGGCGAUGAUCACACAGCUGGAGGGGUUCCUCGUAUUGGCAGGAUACACGCUCGCCCAUCAAACGAAUUGAACGAUGCUGUUCGAAAGAUAACGCUGGCACGUCAACAUAGAGCACUUAUAAACGUCCAGGGGCAUGCCCUUGAAGUUGAAUGCGACUGCUCGGACGCAAAUCGAGGCCCUCCUAAGCCUCAUAUCCUCAUCAACCCACGCAGCCAUGUCAGAGUACGAGAAGACCGGUCAUGGCAUUCCCAUCCCCGACUCCUCAGAAUCUCAUCCGUUGGACAAUCAAGCUGGCGCCCUGGCGUUGAGAAGGGCCAUAUGGACACUCAAAGGUGCCUGUGAACGGUUAUGCACUACUCUCGCUCAGCCGAUGCACACGUUGAUCAAUCGCGCCAUGCCAUACGAGGCACCCUGCCUCAAGUUUGUUGCUGAGGAAGGGAUAGCCGAUAUCCUUGACAUCACUGCUCCAGAUGGCGCCAGAGGAAUGCACAUCAACGAUAUUGCUACUAGGAUGAAGAAUAAAGCUGACCCGGGGAAGCUCGGUCAAGUGAUGCUUCUUCUGUCGACUAGAGGGUGUUUCCAGGAAGUGUCAAAGGAUGUCUACGCUAACAACCGCAUCUCACUGCCAUUGCUAUCGUCCAAUCCGAUAUCUUCAACUAUCUCGCUCUAUUCGGGAGAGAUCCUUCAAGGCGUCACUAUGCUCCCUGAGGUACUCGUGCAUCCCGAAUACGCGUCUAGCAGGACAGUCAACAGAAGCAGUUUCUCGUAUCUGAUUAGAAAUGAGAUGGAGAACCCUUCGUAUUUUGGUUGGAUCCAGGCAAAUCCACAUGCAGGAAGGCGCUUUCAGCGAGCCAUGUUGGGAUUAAGGUGUGCUGUUGGUUCUUCAGAUGCGGUCGUACAAGUGUAUCCCUGGGAACAGUUACUAUCUCCCGCUUCUGGGAAGAGCCUGCUGACGUUCUGCGAUGUUGGUUCCGGACCCGGUGCUGUCUCACUAGCACUCUCUAAAUCUUACACCAACAACUUCAGAGUCAUUCUCCAAGACUUGCCUGAACCGCUCGAACACGCAAAGAGGCUUUGGUCAACUGAACACCCGGGAGCGGAUGUUCGUUUUGUUUCCAUGGAUUUUUUGAAGGAGUCACCGAUGCAUGGGCAAGAUAUUUAUUAUUUGAGUCACAUUCUCGUCGACUGGCCCGACUCAGACUCGAUCACAAUUUUGAAGAACGUUGCGAACGCAAUGAACAGCUCAAGCCGACUACUCCUUCACGACUAUGUCCUUCAACAUGCCCUCUUUGACCAGCAUCCCAUUGGAUCCUUUGAAUCAAGCGAAAUGGCACUAGAACUCCUCCUCAACUACGGUUCUGGCACUAUUCGGCCCGCCUACGUUAAUCUUAUGAUGCUUGCGCUGUACAACAGUUGCGUAAGAACGAGCGAAGACUUCAUAGCGCUUGGACGGCAAUGUGGUCUAACGCUGGUGAAGAUCUGGCCAUUAUCAGGAACUAGUCUGAUCGAGUUCAGACUAGCAAGCUGA